UCGUUUUUAUCUUUCUAGACAGAAAUGAGUGUUCCUCAGACUCCGGUAGAAAUUUUGUAUCAAGCCAUUCUUCCGAAUUUACCUCAAUACAUGAUUGCCCUGUUAAAGAUUCUUUUGGCGGCGGCACCCACCUCCAAAGCCAAGACCGAAUCCAUCAACAUCAUGGCCGACGUCUUACCGGAAGAAAUGCCAAUGACGGUUUUACAAUCCAUGAAACUGGGGAUCGACGUCAAUCGGCACAAGGAAAUAAUCGUCAAGACCGUGUCGGGAAUUCUGCUGCUUUUAUUAAAACAUUUCAAAAUAAACCACAUCUACCAGUUCGAGUACAUGAGCCAACAGUUGAUGUUUGCCAAUUGCAUUCCGCUCGUAUUGAAAUUUUUUAAUCAAAACAUCAUGUCCUACGUCGGAGCCAAAAACAUGAUUUCGGUCAUCGACUUUCCUGCCUGCGUCGUGGGAGAACAACCGGAACUGACGGCCGAAGUGCUGGAAAUGGGAGAACAACUUCCAUACUGUUGGAGGAAUCUCUUUUCCUGCAUUAACCUGUUGAGAGUUUUAAACAAACUGACCAAAUGGAAGCAUUCUAGGAUAAUGAUGUUGGUGGUGUUCAAGUCGGCCCCGAUUCUGAAGAGAGCGCUGAAGGUAAAACACGCCAUGAUGCAACUGUACGUCUUAAAAUUACUUAAGAUGCAGACCAAGUACCUGGGUCGACAGUGGCGGAAGAGUAACAUGAAGACUAUGUCGGCCAUAUAUCAGAAAGUCCGUCAUCGCCUGAACGACGACUGGGCAUACGGAAACGAUCUAGACGCUCGUCCGUGGGAUUUUCAAGCGGAAGAGUUCGCCCUUCAAGCCAGCAUCAAUCGUUUUCACAACAGACGUUACGAUAAAAGCGGAGGAAGUUCCGAUCCGGAUUUCCAACCGGUGGACAAUAACUUUCUCAGCGUAUUGGGAAGAGAGAUCGAACUGACCGAAGAGUUUAAGCAGCAUUACGAAUCGUGGGUCAACCGAGAAGUUUUUCAAACCAACAUCGAUUGGGAUCAGCUUCUUAAUUAUAAUUAUCUAUAAAUUAAAUUGGAUUCUCUACUUAUAUCAAUAUAUAUAUAAAUACGUAAAGAGAAGGUUUCCGUAUAUUUAAAACUUCCUUCCUAUUAUAAUUAGAAUCGUCCCGCACGUUACAUUUAUAUAUAUAUUAAUAUAAAAAUUCCGAUUUCGUGUAUAUAGUAUUGUUCCGAGUAACGUUUUUUUUAAACGAAUUCUUUAGUAUGCAGAUUUUUGCGCCCUGUAUCGGUUCGAAUGAGUAAGAGUGAUUUUUUUGACAUUACGUUAUUUUGUAAUAUUGUUUUUAAUUUAAUGCCCGAUGGCCAAUGUCUCGUCGCGACCGUAGGAAAAAGUAUGUUGUAAAGUUAAGUGUAAACGUCGCGCUUUUAAAAUUACUGUAUUAGAAUUCUUGUUUUAAGUAUUAAAAUUUUUAUACGGUUUGAAUGUUUUAU